UUAACAUCAGAAUGGCCCAAAGUAUCACACCACUGCAAAGACUUAAGUUCAACAACGUUGCAUUAAAAAAGCUCCCGCUGGAUUCGUCACUAGAAUCGGGCUCACGGACUGUGACAGGAGCGUGUUUUUCUCGUGUCCAGCCACAGCCACUGCUUAAGCCCACAGUCGUCGCGCUAUCCGAGCCGGCUCUUGCUUUACUGGGACUGACCGUUGACGAUGUUUUACGCGAUCCGCACGGGGCUGAAUAUCUGAGCGGCUCUCGCGUGAUUCCGGGCUCCGAGCCCGCUGCUCACUGCUACUGCGGACACCAGUUUGGUAAUUUCGCCGGGCAGCUGGGUGACGGUGCUGUGUGUUAUUUGGGAGAGGUGGAGGCCGGUGCUAAGCAAAGUUCUGACCCCAGCAACACAAGUCCUUGUGGUCGGUGGGAAAUUCAACUUAAAGGCGCUGGACUAACUCCUUAUUCUCGUAUUGAGGAAAAAGAUGUUUUUGUUGAUUUAUGUGUGCAGUCAGAUGGGCGUAAAGUGCUCCGUUCCAGCAUUCGAGAGUUCCUGUCCAGCGAGGCCAUGUUUGCACUGGGAAUUCCUACAACACGAGCAGGAUCGCUGGUGACCUCUGAUCUUUAUGUCCAGAGGGAUGCGUUCUACAGUGGCAAUCCCAGACCAGAGAGGUGCUCAGUGGUUCUCAGAAUAGCACCCACCUUUAUCAGAUUUGGCUCAUUUGAGAUAUUCCACCCUGUGGAUGACUUCACAGGUAGACAUGGCCCUAGUAUUGGGCGGCCUGACAUCCGUGCACAACUUCUGGAUUAUGUCAUUGAAACAUUCUACCCUGAAAUACAAAGAAGACAUUCAGACCGCCAAGAGAGGAAUGCUUCCUUCUUCAGAGAGGUUUUAACAACAAUACAUAUUGUGACCGUGAGGACUGCCAAACUGGUUGCCCUGUGGCAAAGUGUGGGAUUUUGCCAUGGAGUUCUCAACACAGACAACAUGAGCAUCUUGGGACUCACUAUAGACUACGGCCCAUUUGGCUUUAUGGACAGGUUUGACCCUGAGUUUGUAUGCAAUGCUUCUGAUAAGAAAGGCCGUUAUUCUUAUGAAGCUCAGCCGUAUGUCUGCCACUGGAACUUGGCACGUUUGGCAGAAGCUCUUGGCGCAGAGCUCCAGUCAGCCAAAGCAGGGGCCAUAUUAGAUGAGUUCAUGACCAUUUAUCAGGACUUCUACCUGGGCAACAUGAGAAUGAAACUGGGUCUUCUGAGAAAACAAGAACCAGAGGAUCUGGAACUGGUGGCUGAUUUAUUGAAGACCAUGCACAUCACAGGAGGGAAAACUCAACAUUUAAAUAUGCCUGAUUAUAAUCGUGCUUUAACAAGAGUGGACCUGCAAAGCAGAGUGGACAGAAAAGCAAAAGCAGGAGUGAACAUUGCAGGCAAUCCCAUUUCAAGUGCGUCCGAAUCAGUCAAACUGGCAUUUGGCAACAGCUCUUGUUCUGGACGAGUGGAGGUUUUCUAUAACUUUCAGUGGGGAACUGUGUGUGAUAAUGGCUGGGAUCUUUCAGAUGCUGCAGUGGUGUGUAGAGAGAUGGGCUGUGGAGAUGCUAUUGAGGCAAAGAGUGGUGCUUAUUUUAGACAAGGUCAGGGACAAGUAUCAAUGAGUGAUAUUGCGUGUGUUGGAACAGAGAAUACAUUGACCACUUGUAGCUCUAAGAAACCUGGAGAGUUUAGCUGUGACCAUUCAAAGGAUGCUGGAGUCAUCUGUCAAUCCCUUGUCAGGUUGGCGAAUGGCAGUCACUCCUGUUCUGGACGAGUGGAGGUUUUCAAUAACGGUCGGUGGGGAACGGUGUGUGAUAAUGGCUGGGAUUAUUCAGAUGCUGCAGUGAUAUGUAAAGAAAUGGGCUGUGGGGAUGUUUUCGAGCAAAGAAUCGGUGGUUAUUUUGGCCAGGGAUCAGGACCGGUAUGGCUGAGUGAUGUACAAUGUUAUAGCUCCGAAACGACACUGAGACAAUGUAAUUUACAGGGAUGGGGACAAAACUCAUGUGGACAUGAGAGGGAUGCUGCAGUUGCCUGUCAAUCCAGGGUUAAGCUAGAAAAUGGCUUCAGUGCUUGUUCUGGAAGAGUGGAAAUUUCCUUUAAUCGCUGGGGAAACUUUGAGUGGGGAACAGUAUCUGAUAAUAACUGGGAUUUAUCAGAUGCUGCAGUCGUGUGUAGAGAGAUGGGAUGUGGGAAUGCUAUAGCGGCAAAGAGUGCUGCUUUUUUCGGAUACGGAUGGGGACCAGUAUGGUUGAGUGAUUUGAACUGCAUUGGAAAUGAGCUCACACUCUCUGCCUGUGAGUCCCAAAAAAUAGAAGAUUACAGUUUGCAUGCCAGGGAUGCUGGAGUCAUCUGUCAAUCUCUUGUUAAGCUGGUGAGUGGCACUAGCUAUUGUUCUGGACGAGUUGAAGUUUUCUUUGAUGACCGGUGGGGAACAGUGUGUGAUGAUGGCUGGGAUCUAUCAGAUGCUGCAGUGGUGUGUAAAGAAAUGGGCUGUGGGGAUGCUAUAGAGGCAAAGAGUGGUGCAUAUUUUGGACAAGGAUCAGGACCCGUAUGGCUAAGUGAUUUACAGUGUGCCAGUCAAUCUACUCUGAGAAACUGUAAUUCAAGGGGAUGGGGUCAAAACAGCUGUGGACAUGAGAAGGAUGCUGGAGUCACCUGUAAUCUUAACAUCAGACUGGUGGAUGGCAUCUCCUCUUGUUCUGGACGAGUGGAGGUUUUUCGUUACAGUCAGUGGGGAACCGUGUCUGAUGAUGGCUGGGAUCUAUCGGAUGCUGCAGUGGUGUGUAGACAGAUGGGAUGUGGAGAUGCUAAAGAUGCAAAAGUUGGUGCUUAUUUUGGACAAGGUGCAGGACAAAUAUUUAUGGGCGGUGUAAACUGUUUUGGAAAUGAGACCAUGCUCAGUGAUUGUGAAUCACGUACAUUGGAAAUGUAUGACCAUUCAAAGGAUGCUGGAGUCAUCUGUCAAUCUCGUGUUAAGCUGGUGAAUGGCGUUAGCUCUUGUUCUGGACGAGUUGAAGUUUUCUUUGAUGGCCGGUGGGGAACAGUGUGUGAUGAUGGCUGGGAUCUAACAGAUGCUGCAGUGGUGUGUAAAGAAAUUGGCUGCGGGGAUGCUGUGGAGGCAGAGACCGGUGCUUAUUUUGGACAAGGAUCAGGACCCGUAUGGCUGAGUGAUUUACAGUGUGCCAGUCAAUCUACCCUAAGAGACUGUAAUUCAAAGGGAUGGGGUCAAAACAGCUGUGGACAUGAGAAGGAUGCUGGAGUCAUCUGUCAAUUAAAAAUCAAAUUGGUGGAUGGCAUCUCCUCUUGUUCUGGACGAGUGGAGGUUUUUCGUUAUAGUCAGUGGGGAACCGUGUCUGAUGAUGGCUGGGAUCUGUCAGAUGCUGCAGUGGUGUGUAGACAGAGGGGAUGUGGAGAUGCUAAAGAGGCAAUAGGUGGUGCUUACUUUGGACAAGGUGCAGGACAAAUAUUUAUCGGCAGUGUAAACUGUUUUGGAAAUGAGGCCAUGCUCAGUCAUUGUGAAUCACAAACAUGGGAAAUGUAUGACCACUCAAAGGAUGCUGGAGUCAUCUGUGAACCUUCUAUCAGGCUCAUUAAUGGACACAACUCUUGCUCUGGAAGAGUGGAGAUUCUUUAUAAUGGAAUAUGGGGAACAGUGUGUGAUAAUGGCUGGGAUCUAACAGAUGCUGCAGUGGUGUGUAGAGAGGUGGGCUGUGGGGAUGUGAUUGAGGCGAAAAGCGCUGCUCAUUUCGGCCAGGGAUCAGGGCCUGUAUGGACAAGUGAUUUACAAUGUUCUGACACUAACUCAAGACUAAGAUACUGUAAAUCAAGUGGAUGGGGAAGAGGCAGCUGUGGACAUGAGAAAGAUGCAGGAGUCAUCUGUAAGGGUGAGUGCAAACCUUUUAACAGCAUACAGUGUAGCCUAUAUAGGACUGAAAUGAUUGUAUAUGUGCUUUAUGAUCACGCUGUCAUUGUAUAUAAACUUUCUUCCUUUGUGUGAGCAAUAGAAAACGUUAGGCUGGUCAGCAGCCCCGACUCUUGUUCUGGACGAGUGGAGGUUCUUCGUGCUGGUCAGUGGGGAACAGUGUGUGAUAAUGGCUGGGAUGCAUCAGAUGCUGCAGUGGUGUGUAGACAACUGGGCUGUGGGACAGUUUUGGAAGUAAAGAAUGCUGCCUAUUUUGGACAGGGUUCAGGAACAGUUUGGAUGAAUAAUGUAAACUGUUUUGGAAAUGAGCCUUCAUUGAUGAACUGUUCAUAUAAUGCAACUCCGAACCGAUGUGGCCAUGAUAAAGAUGCUGGAGUCAUUUGUGGAUCUGUUAAAGUCUUCUUGAGGGUUGAAGUGAAGUCUAACCUUGGAGUCGACCCAAAUGCAGCUGGAAUCCUGAAUAAGCUUUCAGAGGAGAUUGGGAAGAAGCUACAAAUAAAUGGGACUUUCUCACUGAAAACUCAGACCGAUGGAAAAAUCUUCCAUUAGGGAAUGGGAGCUGUGCCCUGAGAAAUUGGUCAUUUCUGGAAUACGGAGUAGAAAACAAGCAAGCGCUAUCUAAUAGGACAUUGGAUGCUACAUCCUUCUUUUAGUCUGACCUUUUAUAAAUGAAAUAAAUAAUUAUCUUACAUACUUUUACACAUGACAAUGCUUUAUAUAAUAUUCUUGUAAUUUUUUCCCCUAAUGACAAUGUAAACCAAUAAUAUUUGUGUUUAGAUAUUGACAGUGUUUGAUACUGAUAAAGGAUCACAAAGUGUCACAUCCUAACUUGCUAAAUUGAAAUAUAUGUAUUGUAAUCUUGAUAUAGCCAAUAUUGUACAUAUAAUAUAAAUAUAAAUCUGUCUGGAGCUAAAUGAAUGAAAAUAAAAUAUAGUAAAAUAUAGUUGCAUAAUAAUUCUUAAAUAAAGUGUGAUUAAAGAAUAAUAUUUCUGGAUGUUGUAAUCUGGAUGUAGUCUUUCUGGUCACAAUUUCUGUAUUUUUGUCUCGUUUUACAGAAAGAUAUACUCAAGUAUUCAUGUUGUGACUACUGUUACCUUGUUAAUGUAGAUAUGGUACUAUUUUACCAUAUUUAGGUCAUUCAGUUGCAUUUUGAAACAAAAAUGAAUCUUUCCACCCAUGAAAUAAAAGCAUAUGGGCUUGUCAUUGGUGAACCGGUUUCUUAUUUGUCAAAAAGGAGGAGCCAACAUAUUUUCAGGAUACUUAAAGUUUUGAAAAAUAUUUGCAAUGGGUAAUGAACUGAGACAGACACGUGCAUGUAUUUAUCAGGAAGAGCAACCUAUCCCAAUUCAAAAACAGGGUGAAGGCCCAACCAUAAUAUGAAGCUGAAGUUUAAUUUAAGAAAUGGAAUGGUUUUAGCAUGGAAUAAAGCAAACAAGUCGUCUUAUGGUCCUUUUUUUUUUGGUCCUAAAGGAUUAUUUCUGGAAGAUACAUAUUCAAAAGGUUCACAGUUUGCAUACUGUUAAUGGGGCCUUUCAGAGUAAUUGGGGAGGAAAAACUCAUUUGAAAAACCAAACAGCCUUCUGUUCGGUUCCAUCGUUACUUGUUUGCAAGAGCAAAUGUUUGAGCAGGAUUAAACUUUUUGGGAACACUAAACAAUUAUGUUCCAAACAAUGACAAUGACCUUAAUUGGUGCCCUUUAAAACCCAGUAUUAAGAAAGACAAAAACAAGUUGAGAAUGAUACAGUCUGAGAUAGAGAACUAUAACUAUUGUGAUCAAUACCUUAUUGUUUCUUUUAUGUCUAACCUGU